GAGAGAGAGAGAGAUUAAUUUUUAAAAAGAUGAAGCACGGCCGGCGCAGCCAGUGAGCGCCUUCCCAGUGGGUAGGAAGCCGGACUCGGCGCUCAUGCAGCGAGCGGGCGGCGCUCGGAGCGCUCGUUCCUAGAGGCUGGGGCAGCCGGGGGCGCCGGCGGAUCCGGCGCGGAGGGCGUGGAGGACGCAGGGGGAGGGUGCAGAGCACCAGCGGAACCGCCGCCUCUCCCCGGCCGGGCCCGGCGGCGCUGGGAGCGUGAGGGCGCAGGCUGCUCCCUCAGUAGCGGGGGUGAGCGGGGGCCGGGGUGCGGGCGGCUAAAAUGAGUGAAAGGAGAAGAUCUGCAGUCGCCCUGAGCUCUCGAGCACAUGCAUUCUCCGUUGAAGCCUUGAUCGGCUCAAAUAAAAAGCGAAAACUGCGAGACUGGGAGGAGAAGGGGCUGGACCUGUCCAUGGAGGCGCUGAGCCCCGCAGGCCCACUCGGAGACGCGGAGGACGCGGCGGCGCACGGCCUGGAGCCCCACCCGGAUUCGGAGCAGAGCACUGGUUCAGACUCUGAGGUCCUCACUCAGCGGACCUCCUGCUCCUUCAGCGCUCAAGCUGACCUGGCCACAGGAGCUGCGGGCCCCGUGCCUGCUGCCAUGUCUUCCAUGGAGGAGAUUCAGGUGGAGCUGCAAUGUGCCGACCUGUGGAAGAGGUUCCAUGACAUUGGAACUGAGAUGAUCAUCACCAAAGCAGGCAGGAGGAUGUUUCCUGCUAUGAGAGUGAAAAUCACUGGCUUGGAUCCACACCAGCAGUACUACAUAGCAAUGGACAUUGUGCCUGUGGACAAUAAAAGAUACAGGUAUGUGUAUCACAGCUCUAAGUGGAUGGUGGCUGGCAAUGCCGAUUCCCCUGUGCCUCCAAGGGUUUAUAUACACCCCGAUUCUCUAGCCUCUGGAGAUACCUGGAUGAGACAGGUGGUCAGUUUUGACAAACUCAAGCUGACCAACAAUGAACUGGAUGAUCAAGGACAUAUCAUUCUGCACUCUAUGCACAAAUACCAGCCUCGAGUUCAUGUGAUCCGCAAGGACUUCAGCAGUGACCUUUCCCCCACCAAGCCUGUCCCUGUAGGGGAUGGGGUGAAAACAUUCAACUUUCCCGAGACUGUGUUUACCACAGUCACAGCCUAUCAGAACCAGCAGAUCACCAGAUUAAAAAUUGACCGAAACCCUUUUGCUAAAGGCUUCAGAGAUUCUGGGAGAAACAGAACUGGACUUGAAGCUAUCAUGGAGACUUACGCAUUUUGGAGACCUCCUGUGCGUACACUCACCUUUGAGGAUUUUACUACUAUGCAAAAGCAGCAAGGGGGCAGCACAGGCACUUCUCCAACCACCUCCAGCACUGGGACACCGUCUCCUUCAGCUUCUUCUCAUCUUCUGUCUCCAUCCUGUUCUCCUCCAGCUUUCCAUUUGGCCCCCAACACUUUCAACGUGGGCUGCCGAGAAAGCCAGCUGUGUAAUCUAAACCUCUCUGAUUAUCCACCAUGUGCCCGAAGCAACAUGGCUGCCUUGCAAAGCUAUCCAGGGCUGAGUGACAGUGGCUACAACAGGCUCCAGAGUGGCACUGCUUCAGCCACUCAGCCCUCUGAAACCUUCAUGUCUCAGAGGACUCCAUCCCUGAUCUCAGGAAUACCAACUCCUCCCUCAUUGCCCAGCAACAGCAAGAUGGAAGCUUACGGUGGCCAGCUGGGGUCCUUCCCCGCUUCCCAGUUUCAGUAUGUCAUGCAGGCAGGCAAUGCAGCCUCCAGCUCCUCAUCACCACACAUGUUCGGGGGCAGCCACAUGCAGCAGAGCUCCUACAAUGCUUUCUCCCUCCACAACCCCUACAACCUGUAUGGAUACAAUUUCCCCACCUCCCCCAGGCUAGCUGCAAGCCCAGAAAAACUGAGCGCCUCUCAAAGCACUUUACUCUGCUCUUCUCCUUCCAAUGGGGCCUUUGGAGAGAGGCAGUACCUGCCCACGGGGAUGGAGCACAGCAUGCACAUGAUUAGCCCUUCCCCUAAUAAUCAGCAGGCAACCAACACCUGUGAUGGCCGGCAGUAUGGGGCAGUCCCAGGCUCCUCCUCCCAGAUGUCUGUACACAUGGUCUAAAGGGCAAUUCAAACUCCACAGAGCCUAUGGCAGUCAAGACUCAGAGUCUCCAUAGGUGGAUCCUCCUCUUUGGGAGCCCAGUGCCUUUAGGAAACAGAACUGUGUACUUUUUGUGGAGAAGAAAAACACAUACAACAAGAGACACUUUUCAGCCACUGAAGGAUACUUGCAGUGAAUCCUCCACAACUCCGUGGCCUGCCUUCUCAAACCUUAGUUUUAUAAACCAUUGUCUAUGCCAGAGUGGCCUUUGAAUAGACUGAAUAAUCAUUUUAUAAUGACGUUAAGAGAGAUGCUAGUGUGACGCAGCCACGAAAGGUUACAAAUGCACACGUGCAGACCUACCUGUACACACCUGCAUACUUACAUGCACAUACACAUAAUCAUAGACAAACUCAUACAUAUACAGACAUUCUGCACACUGACUCUGAACUGGGUGAACUCUGUGGAGGGAGGCCCAGAAUGGUGCUUUCACCAAGAAUCUAUGUACAACACUAGAUGAACUGGGCCAGCAGUAGCCACCAGCUUAUCCCUGCUGCAGCUUAUGCUGUUUCCAGAAUGUACCGUGUAUCCUGGAGCCCUUCCCUGUCGAUGAGCUUGGAAAGAUAUCAGUACUACAACUGGACUUGGCUUCCUGAAAACAAUUGCUUUUAAACUUUGACUCACUUCACUCAGUGUGCUGUCAUUGGUAUUCCCAGUGGUGCCUAUGAAAAGAGGGAGUGAGAGAAGCUGAAGGAGAGAGAAGAGAAAGAAUAGAGAGCAGAAAAGAGUGGAGAGGAAGACUGAGAGAGAAGGUGUGAGCAAUGAGAGUUUUAAUUUACCAAGGAAAUGUGUUGUGCUUUUAUUUUCCCCCCAAACCUACAGGCUAUAGAAAGAAUGGAGGAGUUACUGAGGAUAAAAUCUUUCUGGGACACUGUGCACGGUCAGGGCACUUGUGCAAGGGGUUGGGGCAAGGAAUGUCUCUGAUCCCACAGCUCUAUCCAGUGUAACCAGAAGAGGUGCACCACAUGGGAAGUGCCAGUCUCACAACAAGCGGCAUGGCAGGGGGAGGACAGGGAAGUGUGAAGAUAGAAGAAUUCUAUGCCCCCUCCCCGGGUGAUGCCAAGAAAUAGAGGCCUGGCCUCUAUGUGCCAGAUGCAGACCCUGGGCCGAGACUCUGCCUCUUGUAACCUCUGUGCUGGAGAAACCUGUCAUGGUCCAGGAAAUUGCAGAUGGGUCUACUAUACAUUUUUACCUGCCCAUAGAUCUCCAUUUAUAUCAAAUAGUUCAUUGCAUUUUGAAGUUUUGGGUUUUUCCUUCAUCUUUCCUUUUCCCUUCAAGUCCUUUAAUGAUAAGAAAACAAGUGAAGCUUGGUGCAAGUUAAAUUUUUAAAAUGGUGUGGAAAUGCAAAUAAUACCAAAUAAAAUAAUACAGAUAUUAAGAUUUUUGGUUUUGAAGUGUUGUAGAUAAAUGUAUUUAUAUGCCUAGUGGGAAAUCCAAUAUUUUGAAUAUUGAAAAGGGGGCAAAAAUGGGUGUGUAAAAUAUGUAUGAAGUAAAGGUGUAUAAAAAUUUGCCCUGAUGCACGGAACUGUUUCUAAGUGCCAAGCACAGAAAGCCGCUAAAUAAAAUCUUUGCAAUUGUU